GUCGCUACCAAAUUAGCCAACCACAAACACCUGUGAGGCUCGUACGGGCCCAAAACACGUCAGAACCACAAGUAACCGAAUACGUGUUCAGAUCGGAGUGCUGUGUACGCCCGGUUUUCUCCCUGAGAAACAUGGAACAAGACCCCUCCAAGUCUUCGCUCUUCUACCUUUUCCAGGAGGUUUCCAACUUGCAGCUUCCGGGCCAUGACAACUUUCUCGACUCAAACUUUCACUCCACGUGGCUCAACAAAUCCACCACAGGCAGCUUAACUGUCCCAAAGAUGGAGGUUGAUAUUCGCGAGGGCUGCUGUCAACAGUGCCCUGAAUGUGUGAUGCCUUGCCAAGAAGCCGUCGAGAUCGGCUCGGAGGAUUCGUAUUUGGGUGAACAGGGUUCUGAAUGCAGUAGCCCCUGGAAAGUUCUGAGUCUCAUCAACCUGCAGUGUGAGAGGCUCAUGCAUGAUAGAGAUGGAGGAGAGAUGUGCGGCAGGAAAUUUGCCAAGUCAGCAGUGAAGCCCAGACGGAAGACGGAUCAGACUGUGGAAUCAACAUUUGAACCUCAUCACCUGUCUAGUCGUACUCAGAAUGGAGGCAUUCAGCUCCUCACAGCAGCGCAGCCAGAACAAGUGACGUCUUCCGAUGUAGCCAAUAAGUGCGAGAUGGUUUGUACUGUCACUGAAAGCAUCCCUGACACCACUCAGAUCACCUUGCCUUCAAUGAAGAAAGCAGCCGACAUGCCAGACUCUGCACAAACUCAGGACCACAACAGUAACCAUGUUUACGUGACUGAGCGCCUUCUUGAGUUCAGUCUGCCGCCAAACGCAUCAUCCUCAUCAUCAAACCACACUUCAGAGCUCUUAGUGGUGACACACAGUCACAAACUCUCCCCUGAGCCAAAAUGUUCUCCGCUUCCAAUGGAGGAGUCCCAGUGGAGACCCCAGGAAGAAACCUUCAUCCCUGGAUUUACUAAAGAAGAGAACCAUCUGCCUCCAUCUUCCAGCAACGGUUCUCCCAAGUCAUCGCGAAGAUCCAAAACUCAAAGAAAACAGUCCAACCCCACUCGCAGUGUGAGUCUCCAGGAUGCGAAUGUCCAGGGAGUGGCGUUCACGAUGGACGCCCAUUUGGAUGAAAGCAAGGAACACUGUCGUCUCCUCAUCACUUCAAAAUACAGGCAAGCCGACACACACACACGCUUCCAAUGACUUCAUACGACCCAUGAAGGUGUACUCCUGACAGUGAGAAGCUCCUGAGGCGUGCUCGCAGGACACGGAGAAGGACUCGGAGAGCCAUAACUCUGAAAACAAGCAGCUCAGACGAAGGAAGUGACAUGACAAACGCCACCAGAGGUGGUAAAGUGUGUGCGUCAUGCUGCACCAAAAAGACUCCAAUGUGGAGAGAUGCCGACGAUGGGACUCCUCUCUGCAACGCCUGUGGGAUAAGGUACAAGAAGUACAGAGUGCGUUGUGGGAACUGCUGGCACAUUCCUCGGAAAGAGAACAACUCUAAUUCAUGCUGCCUGAAGUGUGGAACUUCUGUGAGGUCUAUGGGAGGAAGCAAACGUAGCGAACAUUAGGUUCCUCGCGCAGACUCACCUGUCCACGUCUUGUUCUUGCUGUUCUUGCACUUCUUGCAUUUAAUUUUAUUUCUAAAUUAUUUAAAUGACAUUCCAACAUGAACGAUACCUGAUUUCUGUAGCCGGGUGGCUUUGAUAACUAAAGCCACACUGAAGGAAGUUCCUGCUGAACUUUCGAGCUGAUUCAACAGACAAUAAU